ACCGUCUUCGUCGUUCUCCUCAUUUUCUCCGUCAUGGCCACCAAGGCAGCCACCAAAGCCGCGGUCGACUUUACCCGCAUCUACUCUUCCCUUGGUCUCGGCAAGGAGACCAUCGCCGGCGUCCAGGCCUUCCGCAAGCGCCACGGCGACGCGCAGCGCGAACACGGGCAGUAUGCCGCGCAGCCGACGACCGUCGACUUCGCGCACUACCGCUCCGUGCUGAAGAACCAGGCUGUCGUUGACGAGGCCGAGAAGAUCAUCCAGAACUUCAAGCCGGUCACCUACGACGUCUCCGCGCACGUCAAGGCGAUCGAGGCGUUCGAGGCGAAGGCCGUCGCGAAGGCGAAGGAGACCGAGGAGAAAAUCGACAUCGAGCUCAAGGAGCUGCAGGCCACCCUUGCGAACAUCGAGGAGGCGCGCUCGUUCGAGAACCUCCGUGCGGACGACGUCGGCGACGCCCACCCGCGCCUCCGCGAGGUCGUCGAGACCAUGCUCAAGAAGGGCAAGUGGGAGGUUCCUGGCUACAAGGAGAAGUUCGGCGACCUCAACGCCGUGUAAUCUGCCUACUACCCAUUCGAUCAUUGCAUUAUCUGGAGCAUAGUUCAAUAGAGCGCUGCCGUGAUCAUCAUGGACGAGAAUAUGCAAAUAAAUCCAGUGUAGUGUGGGUAAGGUGCGUCGAGAGAUGCUAAAGUCCCGAGAGAUGGGUGCAGUAUCGGAAGUGAGAUGCAUGAAUCUAGUUAGAAAGCUGCGCGCUAUGCCUCUGCUUCCGCCCACAUCUUCCGCUCCAAUAUGCGCUCCUUCCAUGCCUCCUUUUUCGCGUCAUCCCAGUCCGUGCUCUCUUCCUCAGAAUCCGACAAGUCGACGAGCUCCUGCUUGGGCGCAACGACGCCAGACCGAAUCUUCUGCCCCGGUCGCGGACCAAGGACAACUUUGCGCGAAGCAGCCAAGUUGGAAAGCGCGUCGAGCUUGCUCUGCAUCUCCGCAUCGCUCUGCCUAUGCUGC